GCGUUGAUGUACACUCUUGGUCUAUCUGGGCUGCCAUACAAAACUGCCAAAAUUCCAGACCACAACAUAACGACUAAGCUAAUGCUGUGGUGGGAACCAAAGCGCCUCGCCUAUGCCUCCUCCGGGUACUCUGCACGGCCUGUGCCAAGUCACCCCGCAGCUGUACCUCAGCAACGUCCGGGCGGCGUCGGACGCCUCUGUCCUCCAGCGGUUUAACAUCAGCUGCAUCAUCAAUGUCUCUGAAAACAAAGCCAGCCACCCGUGUCCUGGGGUGGACUACGUUCACAUCCCCGUCGCGGACUCUCCGUCGACCACGCUUUGCGAUCACUUCCAUCGAGUCGCAGACAAAAUAGACCUGGUUUGUCGGAGUGAUGGGCGCACGUUGGUCCACUGCAACGCGGGCGUCAGCCGCUCCGCGACUUUAUGCAUCGCGUAUCUGAUGAAGCACCACAACAAUAGCCUUCUGGAGGCGCACGGAUGGGUGAGGUCUAGCCGCCCCAUCAUCAGGCCUAAUGUGGGUUUCUGGAAGCAGCUGAUUGACUACGAGAAGGAACUGCGUGGUUGCACAACUGUGGAGAUGAUUUCCUCAAGCAUAGGGGAAAUACCAGACUUGUAUGAAGAGGAGACUAAGAAUAUGCUGCCAUUUUGACGAUUCCUCCACCACAUCUCUGUUGAGCUCAAAUUGGGACCAGGAGACCAUUAAGAAGUAUAGGCGCAAUGAGUAGCCUAUACUGUAUCUCUGUGUGGAUAUAUUGCAAGAAACUUCUGGUUUAUAUUGGGACUUCAAAGUACAAAAGUUUAUUUGCAAAAUCACUUCAGAACAUGGGUCCAGCCUGAACACAAUUGAUGUGCAAAUACAUAACUAUUUUGAAGACGGCGAAUUCAAACAAAUACGAAACAUAAAAUUCUAACUUUAAAUAUGUAUUUUAUAUUUAUAUUUCCUAUGUUGUGGAGUGGCAUCUUUGAAUUAAUGCAAAAAUAAAUACAUUUCAGUUGUUUCCCGUUUACCCCUCAUUUUGAUAUUGAUACAUGUCAUUUUAACAAGGUUUCUAUGAUGUCAGAACUCAUUCCAUCUAGAACGUGUGUGGUAGAUAUUUAGAUUCAGCUUGAGAACAAAGUGAUUUGCAAACUAACCAAUAAUUGGGAGUACAGCAAAUGUUGGUCUCCUUGACAAACAAGUGAAAAGUAAAUAUCUAUUGUCAUAAAUUAAACCAGUAGUGGUCAUUCAGCCCAGACUAUUCUUCCAAUAUUGCACAGUUUUUUUGACACUAAAGACAUUCAUCGAUUUCUUCACCAUUUUUUUUUCUUAAUAUCCUGAGAAACAGCCGCCUUGCAUCGUAAAUUCUGUUCAAGUUACAAGACAAAAGUGGUAAAAUGACACCAGUGCAAAAAACAACAUGCUCACAAAACCCCUUAAAAUCGCAAUAUUGUCAUCUGCAUAGUCAUGCAAUAAGCAUCAAUAUGGUAAAUAGUACGUCAGCAAACACUACCAACACUCCAGACCCAAA